GUUUCUCUUUUCCAAUUUUGUCAAAUUGGGAAGUCAUAAAUUCGACUUUCUCUCUCUUCUCUCUUCCAAUAGCGCGUCGCGUCGCUCUUGCCGUUCGCUAGGGUUCUUCGAUUCGAUACUGUGUGGAGUGUGGGCCGCCGCCGCUUCCUCAGCUGCUGCUGCUGCUCGGUCGACGAGGAGCCGAAUUGUAUUGGAGCCAGCUCGCCGGGGUUGGUGUGGUUCGCUGGUUCGGCGGCUGCGCCUUUUCGAUUUAGGGUUUCGUGUUCUUGGUUUUCAGAAGGGGUGAGAGGAUUUAGGGUUCGAUUUGGCUGGGACGUGAUCCUUUGUUGAAGUUGGAACUCGAAGCUUGGCUCUAGCGGUGGAGGUUUUGAGUUGGGAGGGAAUAUAAGUAGAGCAAGAGACAGUUUCUGGUAAUUGAAUUUUGGUUCUCGUUGGUUGAAUUCGAGCUAUUGGUUCCUCUUCGCUGAAAGCUUAUAAAGGGGUUUGCUUUCUCUCCCUUUUGCGCUUUUCCGGUGAAUUUUACUGCUCGAAUUCACUUUACUGCUCAAAUUCACAUUCAAGCUUUUCAAAGGUUUUCGUUGAUUUGAAGCUUAUUGCCCUCUUCUUCUAGGUCGAUUUUCUUCAUGGAUUCGCCUGUUAUUUCUCAAAAUUGGUACUUGUGGUGUCCUGAUUCUUUUGUUUUGUUUUUCUCUUGUGUAGCGUUUCAAAUUUUAAGUGUUCAUAAUGAUUUUUAUCGGGGAGGAAACUGGUUUUGUUCCUUCUAUAUUUUCCAAUGUGCUUUUACUUGUAAGAACGAAUUUUUCGACUUUGGUCUUAUGAAAUGGAACCUUUUAAUUGAGUGAACCUGAGGAUACCCUUUAUUACACAUGACUUAUUCAUGCAGAAGGCAUUUGUCGAGUGGAUAGGAUGGGGAAAAGUGAAAAUUUCCGUGGUGCUUACUACCGCAGCAGCUCAUUUGGGGCAGCUGGUGCUUUUGAGAGAUCAGCAAGUUCUGGACAAAUUGAUAUGGAGAUUACUGCAUCUGCAAAUUCUAGUGCUCCAGUUAGGAAAUUCUUGAAUCUGAAUUCCAGUAAAAGGGAUACUUUUGGGGUCCCUACACAAGUCCUGUCUCCUGCCCAAAUGUCUCCAUUGGAAAGAAGAGAUAUGAUCCGAAGAUUGAGAUCUGAGCUUGAACUCAUUCGGGAUGUCCAGAAGAACAUUGUAGUGGAGAGAGGUGUUGGAAAUGUCUCUUCAUCUAACCGUGUUGUGAAUGGUACCAGUAGACCAAAUGGGGCUGUAGCAGGAAAUUCCAAGAAUUCCUCAAUUGUUUCUUCUGGAGCGGGGAAUAAGGGAAGUGCCAUGGGAAAGCUGAAGCCACAGCCUGUGAAAGCACAUGCAACACAAAAUCCUGGAAACUUAAUCUUGAUCAAACAGUGUGAGAAUUUGUUGCAACGUUUGAUGUCUCAUCAGUUUGGUUAUGUCUUCAAUACUCCUGUGGAUGUUGUCAAGUUGAACAUCCCUGAUUACUUCACUAUUGUCAAGCAUCCUAUGGACUUGGGAACAAUUAAGAGCAGAAUUAUGUCAGGCUUGUACUCAAGCCCAUUGGAAUUCGCCGAAGAUGUCAGGCUGACAUUCAGUAAUGCUAUGCUGUACAAUCCAAAGGGGAACGAUGUUCAUCUCAUGGCUGAGAGCCUUAAAAAGUUUUUUGAAGUGAGAUGGAAAGCCAUUGAGAGAAAGUUGCCGAAGAAGGUGCCCAAACCUCAGCCAGAAAAUUCAGCUCAUCGCAAUGAUUUCGAUGCUGCUCAAAUGCAAUCUAUUAAGAAGAGAAAACUAAGCCCAUCCAAGCAUGAAGCUAUUGUGGAACCUGUGGAGCGGUUAGUUUCCGCGGAUGAGAUAGCCAAAUUGGGCUCAGAGCUUGAGUCAUUGUUGCCUGAAAUGCCUAUGCAUAUCAUUGAUUUCUUGAGAGAGCACAGCAAUGGUGGACAAGAUGCUGGCUUAGAUGAAAUAGAGAUAGACAUUGAUAAACUCAGCGAUGACACAUUACUCGCUCUGAGGAAACUCUUAGAUAAUCAUUCUAAAGAGAAGACAGAGAAGCAAGCUAGAGUGGAGCCUUCCGAAAUUGAGCUAUUGAAUGUCUCAGGCCCAAGCAAUUCAUCCUUGCAACAGCAAAGAGGUAACGACCUAGCAGAUGAAGAUGUUGAUAUUGGUGAGAAUGAGCCUCCUGUGUCUAGCUAUCCUACUGUGGAGAUAGCGAGUGAUACAGGCCGUGAGAGCAGCAGAGUUAUGAGUUCAGGGAGCUCUAGGGAUUCUGGCGGUUCUUCUGAAGUUGAAUCUGAUCACGUGAAACCUUCAAGUCGAUCACCUGUGUCUAAGGUUCCGGAUGAUAUGGUUCUUGGAGGUCAAGCUGAUGAGAAGAAAAUUGGUGAUCAUCCCCUGGAUAGAAAUCAAUCUGACAGUGGGUUAGAUCAGCUGGAAGAGAACUCUGAAGAAAAGCCUGGGUCAGAUUAUUCGGAUGGUCAUCAAGAUGGAGAAAGUGCCCCUAGUGGGAGUCAGGAGUUCCCUCAUAAGGAUUAUAGGGCGGCUAUGAUCAGAAACCGUUUCUCUGACAUGAUACUGAAAGCUAGAGAAGAGAAGACCCUCUUACAGGUCGACAAGGUGGAUCCAGACAAGCUGCAGAAGGAAAGGGAGAAACUAGAGUUGCAGAAAAAGAAAGAGAAAGCGAGGUUACAAGCUGAAGCAAAGGCUGCCGAAGAUGCACGGAAGCAAGCCGAGGCAGCUGCAGCAGCCGAGGCCAGACGGCUGUUGGAGGUUGAAAGAGAAGCAGCACGUCAGGCGCUGCUCAAGGUUGAGAGAACUGUUGAAAUCAACGAGAACUCCAAGUUCCUUGAAGACCUAGAGAUGCUUAGAAGUGCCCCUGCCGAGCAGGUACCAAGCUCUGUGGACGAAGUGAGCCCAGAUAACUCUCCGGAUGGGUUGGGUGGUUUCAAGUUUGGUGGGGACAGCAAUCCUUUGGAACAGCUUGGCUUGUUUAGGAAGGACGAUGAAGAGGAGGAAGAAGGCGAGCCUCUGAGAGUUCCACAGGAAAGUUUCAAGUUUGGUGGGGAUAGCAAUCCAUUGGAGCAGCUUGGAUUGUUUAGGAAGGACAACGAAGUGGAGGAAGAAGGCGAGCCUUUGAUCGUUCCACAGGAAAUGAAUGAUGUGGAGCCAGAAGAGGGAGAAAUAGAUUAGGCCUUCAAAGGAUGGACUAAUUUAGUGGAUAUCUAUGUCAGAAACAAAAAUGAAAAAAAAAAAAAAAAGAGAAAGAGAAUAGAAAAUGCUGGACACUUUGCAUCUGCUUCAGCUGUGAGAGAUCUGUAACUGUGAGCCAAGUAUAGCAGUCAACUUGUCCGUGAGAGUAGAGUUACAUUGCAGGGUGAAUCUGGCUGCUACCCCUCAGACGUGGAAGGAAGGACUCACUCAGAUGGUUGCAGAAGUACAGUUCGGUUCGUGCUCUCCAUGGAUGUAUAUAUAAUGAAGUUUUGCCUUAAGCUUUUGGAGAAGCAUCGUUGCUCUUUAAGUUAAAUCCACAGCCUGAAGAAGAGAUGCUUUGGAAAGGAUGGUACGAUGAUGGAGGAAAGAACAUUGCUUGCAUACACCCUUUGCUUUGUAUUGUCGAGCUGUGUCUAUUGGACUGGAGACUUGCAGUGUAUCGGAGAGAAUGACUUGGUGGUUUUGUUAUAUAAGAGUUAGGCGGAGAGUGAAUUUCUAUGUAAAAAGUAAUUUCGUAGUGUUUGGUUCAAUAGAAAUGUUUUUUCCUUUUUUGUUAUGCGGCAAUAGCAGAAGCAAGCAGCUAUUAUCUUCAAUCAAGGUAAUUACUAAUUACUGACUGAAGUCUGAAGCAAAAGUAAACCUUGCCAACAGUAACCAGAAAGUUCGGAUAAUAGCCUUUUUCUUUUCUGUUAGGAUUGUGAUUACCCAUUGAGAGUAACCAGAUCUCGAAUUCUCAGAUCGAACAAUAGCUGCUGUUACAAAAUCGCAAUGAAUGCUCGACGAGUCCUGACAUUGUUCUAAAGGAGGCUCGAGUUGGAUUGUUGUGUUCCAAGUUUGUGGAAUCCUAAAGGAUCCUUGAAGUUCGAAUCCCCACUACGUGUUAAGUGUUAAAAUUAAUGAGGUCUAUUGUA